GUGUCGAGGGAACUCCGGCCGGCGUCGUCUUCAGUAUCCGCCUCAACUCCCUCCCGAUUCCUACGCUCUACAGGAUGAGACUGAUAACGUGGGCUCUCGUGGUGAGCCUCCUGGCCUCCACCUUCGCCCAGGAAGCCGACAAAGGGCGUAGUCCGAGCUCGUCCACAGUGGUGCACCUGAUAGCGUCUCCGUUCAUGCCGGUGCAGAAUCGGGCUGUCGUAGAGGAGAGACUCGGAGCCCUUGAGGACCUGAUCGCCUCGACACAAAACAACGAAGAUGGAACAUCGGACCAGACGAAGGUGGUGGAGGCCGUCGCGCAGGUGAUGGCGGAGCUGUCGCCGGAAACCCCCGCUAUCAGCGAGUCGCAGCCGGACGAGGCCGGGUUACCAGUCUUCCCGGCGGAGGCCAGCGAGGCCAGCGAGGGCGACGAGGUCAACGCAUCUAUCACUCAGGCUCCCGCCGAGGCGUCGGAGGCCGAGCAGGUCGGCGACUCCGCCUCUCCCGCCGAGGAGAGCCCGGAGCCCGCGCAGGGUGCGAUGACCAAGAAGGAGAAGAAGGAAGUGAAGAAAUACAACGAAGCUCUGGACUACGUCUCGAGGAUGCUGAGUGAGAAGAUGAGGGCCCUGAUGCCGUACCCUCUCACCCUGACGGUCGAUUCCUUGACCGACCUGGACACAUCCGAUCCCGAUCCGAAGCCCGAGCCCACAAGCACGCCUUCCGAGGGCGCCAGGAACACGCAGAAGGGGGGGAACAGGAAUAAGAACAAGAAGAAGAACAAGAAGAACAAGAGGAAGAACGGAGGAGCUGCACAGGCCGAGGAUGAACAGGAAGAAGAGGAGACACAGGUCGCGGAGGCAGAGGACAACAACAAGAAGAACAAGAGGAAGAACGGCGACGGAGAUGACACCGAGGUCAGCGAAGGAGGCAAGAAGAAGAGGAAGAACAACAACAAGGGGAACAAGAACAAGAGGAAGAACAAGAAGAACAAGAGGAAGAACAAGAAGAACAAGAAGAAGAACAGCGGCGAGGACGACAGCCUGAGCCUCCGGGAUGGACGAGCCCUGGAAGACGAGGACGAGGACGAGACCCAGCAGGAGGAGGCCGAGCGGGAGGGGCGCGCCAUGAAGUCCGAGGCCGAGGGCGAGCAGGGGCGCAGGAAGGGGUCUUCUCCCCAGCGCGUGAGAGGCAACAACCGCAACAACAAGGGCAAGGGCAAGGACAACAAAAACAACAAGAACAAGGGUAAGAACAACAAGAAGAACAAGAAGAAUAAGGCGAAGGACGACAAGAAGGACGAUAAGAAGAAUAAGAGGAAUAACAAGAAGGACAAGGAUAACAAGAAGAAUAACAAGAAGAACAACAAGAAGAACAAGAAGAGCAACAAGAAGAACCGCAUGGGAAACUCCGCGGAACCGCGAACCUUCUCCGAGUCCGGCGCGGUCUUCCCGACCCAGGAGGAGCGUCAGGCCAGUAACGCCUACCUUUCCGGCCUGGAGAACAUACAGCGUGAUGGAGAUGUUGUUAUUGAUUCUUCCAGCAAGCAUCUCAACUUGGAUGUGAGCUUCGUGGUCGAGCCAGUGCAGGUGCAGCCCAAGGGGCGGCAACUCGACAAGGCCUCCAUCAGCACCUCCAUCAACGCUGAGGCCCGAUUCAGGGUGAAGACGGUCCGCGGGCGUGAAAAGAUGAGGUUGGUGAGCUUGACAGUUGACAGCCUGACCCCUGAAGAGAUUCAGAUAACCCGGAAAGACAAGGAAAUUGACGAAACUCUCGUGUCGACUGCUCGCGAGACGGUGGUGAGUUCCAUCGACACGUCUCGCAUCGCAAAGAUCCUCACUGCGGAGCUGGAGAACAUCUUCCAGGAGGAAGACAUUGUCCAGAACUUCGACAGCCACCCCGCCCUCAAGUUCCAAUAGGAGCGCUAGCCACGUCGGGACAGAGAGAGCUGCAUCUGGAAUCACAAGUUUCGUCUUGCCAUAGCAUUACUGCGCCUCACUUGUAUAAAAAUGACGGCGCUAUGGACAUCGACAAAAGAAGAAAGCCAGUUUUCUCUUCGCGUUAACAUCGUUCCCGCUGGCCUUGCAUGACUCGCGUCUCGCCAGAAGCGCGUGAGGCCGGGUUUUCCGUUUUCCGUUUGUGGAGAAUCGUGCCCCUCGCACGUCCGUCACUCACCUCGCCUCUCGCCCGCCCGAAAGGAUGAUCAUAAUCACAUAAGAACAGUUCACAUCUCGCCAUUUCUCUCUCAGGAUCUGCCUCCUUCCGCGCCUUGCCCUCGCCGCCUGCUGGACCUCCAGAGCCCUGUCGCUUAGCAAGAACUCAGGUCUUCUCUUCCUUCUGCCUUUUCCCCAUUAUUUGCCACACCCUGCAUCUUCGCCCAUAUUUUGUAUAUAUAUUUUUUGUGUCUAUGGAUUUGUUUUUAUUUAUUACUAUUUAUUCAGAAUCAAACGAGAGGCUUUUCAGUGAAGUCUUAGAUUUAUAAAAUAAAUCUACAAAACAGU